AAGCUGACAAGCCUAAGCCUAAGGAAAAAUCUGUUGAACCCAAGUUAGCUAAAAAAGAAGCAGUUAUUGAAAAGAAAAAUAGAAAGAAUAAGGCUGGUGCAGAAGUUGAAAAACCUGCUGACUUUGAUGAUGGUAAUUGGGAAGAGGUACCUAAAAAGAAUGAUAAGAAAGGAGAAAAAAAGAAAGUAAAGGCUCCAGAGGAAAAACAGAAGGAAAAAGAAAAGAAAAAAGAAAGUCCCAUCAAGAAGGUUAAAAAAGCAAAGGAUACAGAUGUUGAAGCUGCUAGACCUAAUGAAGAUUCAAGUGAGAAAGUUAAAAUUGUUAGUGUGAAAGGCCCUAACUUAGAUGCGAAUGUAACAAAAGCACUUCAAGAACAAGUGAAAGAAUUUGAACGUGCAAUGAAAGAGGCUCAACGCCGAGACCAGGGAAUUGUGAAUGAUGAAGGAUCCAAUGAAAUUGAGGAGCUGACUGACGUUAAAGAUCUCAGAAGCAA